ACUGAUACAAAAACGACAUCAAUGACAACCAACUGUCCGACUAUUGAAUACGUUAGUCGUCAAGGUUUAGACCAACCUAUAGUUGUUGUCGACAUCAUUGCCGACAACAACAACCUAAAGGACAGCCGUUUUCUCGAUGAUAAUGAAAUACCUGAAGAAAUUUGGGAACAGGAGGCAGCUCUGGAUGAAAAACUACAAUCACUAGACUAUACAACUAAUACAACAUCAACAACGAUAGAUAUAACUACUGAUUGUAAACCAACAUUACGUAUACCUACCAGUGGUCAACCAGUAGAUACCGGUGCUGCUGCUGCUGAUGCUAAUGAUGACAGCAAUGCCAAUAACGAUACUAAAGGCCGUAUACUAUGUUUUGGUCGCCGACUAUCGCAAUUCAAAUGGUUUAACAUCCUAUGGCUACUGUUCAUCCAUGCGCUGGCCAUCUACGGCUUCGGCUACACAUUGCUCAAUCCGGUUAUGCUAUGGACGGCCAUCUGGACGGUAGUACUGGCUUGCGGUUCGGCAUUCGGUGCCAGUGCCGGCAGUCAUCGGCUAUGGGCUCAUCGGGCGUUCAAAGCCCGUUGGCUGUUGAAACUGUUUCUGGUCAUUACCGAAUCGAUGGCCAUCAACGGCAGCUGCUAUAGCUAUGCCCGCGAUCAUCGCAAUCAUCAUAAGUUUGUCGAUACGGAUGCCGAUCCGAAAAACGCCCGGCGCGGCUUUUUCUACGCCCACAUUGGCUGGUGGUGUGUACGCAAACAUCCGAUGGUCAUCGAGUAUGGCCGCAAACUGACGCACCGGGAUCUUCAUGAAGAUCAGUUGGUUAUGUGGCAGCACAGGUGGUACUAUCCGAUGGUCAUUGUAUGGGCCAUACUGUUUCCGAUGGCUGUACCCUACUAUGUCUGGGGCGAAGAUUUGCAGACAACACUGUGGGUGUGUGUCGUACUCAGGACUGUCAUAGCUUUGCACCACUUGUUUACUGUCAACUCUAUCGCCCAUAUUAUCGGUAAGCGUCCCUAUGAUAAGGGUAUCGGUCCCACUGAAAGUAAACUGACCAUGUACCUCAGCCUCGGUGAAGGUUCACACAACUAUCAUCACUCGUUUCCAAUGGAUUACGCUAAUUGCGAGAAAAAAUGGUGGGAAGUAUUCAAUCCGUCGACACUGUUCAUCGACAUAUGCAAACAGUUAGGUUUGGCCUACGAUCUCAAAAAACCCAGUCACCAGGUUGUCCAGGGUGUCAUCCAGCGUAAGGGUGACCCCGAUUAUUUUGAACGUAAACUUAAGCGAUCCCUAUUGACACGUAUAGUGAUGGGUAUCGGCGACUGGAUGGCCGGCCUAGCGGUAGCCAUGUGGCCCGUAUGGAUUUUCCUAGUUUUCAAGUUGGCUACCGGCCGGCACCUGAUUGUAGUGUCGGAUCUGUCGACACUAUAAUCCCAAUAACAUUAUUAUUAUAAAUUAAUAUCAAUAUUAAAAAAUG